CUAAACAAAAUGACUUUGCGGGCUUGUAUCUAUAAAAAUUGUGAAAACUAUAUUAAUUUAAAAGAUCGAUCAAUAAACAAGGAUAUUAAACUGUUUAGUUUCCCUAAGAAUCCAGAAAGACGACAAAAAUGGAUGGAAUUAGGAAAGGUGCCUUCAAAUCAACCCGCCUCAAUGUACUAUUUUUGUUCGGAACAUUUUGAUAAAAAAUUCUUUGCUAUAAACAACGUGCGAACCGUAUUAGUGGGAGAUGCGUUACCUUAUCCAUACGUAGAAUCCGAAGUUGAUGAAACUUAUGAAGACUCUGGCAAUAAUUUGGACUACUAUCUAUACGAAAUGAAGAGGGACAAUGAAAGCUCCGAGAGGCAACAGUUUCAGGAUGAACAAGAUUUACAUGUGGAAUCGACAACUAUGAUCAAUGAGCUUCAAGAAGAUUUUCAUGAUGAAAAUUUUUCCAUUAAUUUGGAUGAACCCGAGUCUGAUGAAUGUAUUAUCUUUACAGACGAGGAAAAGUCUGCUCAUGAAAUGACUAUUACAAAUAGUAGGAAAAGAAAGCUGUACAAUAUGAUUCUUCAAACACAGGCAUCUUCAUCAAUUUCAAAAAUUUUAAAAACUUCUCCAUUGCAAAAACCUUUACGGAAAUCCACUGAAAAGUUAAAUUUAAUAUCUCCCCAGCUAAAUGCAACAAACUCAAUACAAACUCAACAAUCUCCAAUUAAUAGCAGGGAAACAAAUAAAGAGGAAAUAAAUGGAGGUCAACUGAUUGAUGUAGAACAUGUAACUACUUUUAUAUUUAAGGGCGAAGAAUAUGUGCAAAUGCCUAAAGAGCAUUAUAUUACAGAAAAAAUGGAACUAAUGAAAAAAUUGAAGAAAAUGGAAAAUACAGUAAGGACCAUUAAGGAACAUUUAAAUUCCUUAGAUUUUUAAUGUAGUUAUUGUAAAAUAUACUUGUAUGUAUUUGUAUUUUGCUAAUAAAUAUUAUUAUUAAAUAAAUUUUAAAUAUUUUUUUUAAUAAACGA